CUCCUGUGCCGCAGUCUGCAGCAACCGGUUUUGUGGCUCCUUCGCCUCCUCGUCGACACACCAGGUCUCGGUCAGAGGAUGGAGCUUACGACAGCUAGAUGUUCAGAACGCGUUCCUUCAUGGUGUUCUUGAGGAAGAAGUGUUCAUGCGGCAACCACCAGGUUAAGAAAGUCAUAGCACACCACAUUAUGUAUGUAAGUUGGAUAAAGCAUUAUAUGGACUUAAGCAGGCUCCAAGAGCAUGGUAUUCUAGGCUGAGCAUGCAGUUACAACGUCUUGGGUUCACACCAUCCAAAGCAGAUACAUCCUUGUUCUUUUAUAGCAAAGGCAAUAUCACUGCUUUUGUGCUUGUUUAUGUUGAUGAUAUAAUUGUUGCUAGUUCAAGUCAAGAGGCCACUACUUGUUUGCUUAAGGAUUUAAAACUUGAAUUUGCUCUCAAGGAUCUAGGUGAUCUUCACUAUUUUCUUGGCAUUGAGGUAAAACAAGUUAGAGAUGGCAUACUUCUCUCACAAGAAAAAUACACUGCUGAUGUUCUAAAGAGGGUGGGAUUGGAGAACUGUAAACCUGUCAGCACACCAAUUUCCACCUCAGAAAAACUUACUGUUGAUAGUGGAGAAGCUCUUGGUCCAGAAGAUGCAACAAAUUACAGAAGUGUUGUUGGUGCUUUGCAAUAUUUAACACUUACACGUCCAGAUAUUUCUUAUUCAGUGAACAAGGUAUGUCAAUAUUUGCAUGCUCCUAGAACUACUCAUUGGACAGCAGUCAAGAGAAUUCUAAGGUAUCUUCAGUAUUCUCAAGGACUUGGACUUCAAAUUGUCAAGUCCUCUUCCUUGCUUGUUACUGCAUAUUCUGAUGCAGACUGGGCAGGGUGUGCUGAUGACAGAAGAUCCACUGGUGGUUUUGCUGUAUUUCUGGGAUCUAAUCUUGUGUCUUGGAGUGCAAGGAAGCAAGCUACUGUCUCAAGAUCAAGCACAGAAGCUGAAUAUAAAUCAUUAGCAAAUGCCACAGCUGAAGUAAUGUGGAUACAAACAUUACUCUAUGAGCUUGGAAUUAAAGCUUCGAAGGCUGCACGGUUAUGGUGUGACAAUAUUGGUGCAACGUACCUUUCAGCAAAUCCUGUCUUCCAUGCACGAACAAAACACAUUGAAGUGGACUUUCAUUUUGUCAGAGAGAGAGUGGCUCGCAAGCUACUUGAGAUACGGUUCAUCCCUACAGGGGAUCAACUUGCAGAUGGGUUUACUAAACCCUUGACAGUAAGAAGAUUAGAUGAGUUCAAAUACAAUCUCAACCUUAGCAAGGCUUGAGGUUUAGAUUGAGGGGGAGUGUUAGAAUUAUUGUAUAGGGAUAGGAGGAGUGUUUAAACUGUAUCUAUCUAUUCUUCUCUCUAUCCC